AUCUGAUUGAAGCACUUGUUAGUCUCGACAAUAUCAAACAUGAAGCUGUUCCUUGGAGUGUGCUUGGCUUUGGCCGUCGCCGUAUCGGCAGUGGAGAUCGCCACUCCUGACGCCGACAGCCCUGUCUUCGGCUACCACGCCAAGUUUGGUAUUGCUGAGGCUGCAAGGAUCAAGAGCGCGGAAGAAGUUCAGAGCUUCAACGGCCAGAGGAUCGUUGGAGGAUCCAUCACCAACAUUGCCAAUGUCCCAUACCAGGCUGGUCUUGUGAUCACCAUCUUCAUCUUCCAAUCCGUGUGUGGUGCUUCCCUCAUCUCCCACAACCGCCUGGUGACUGCUGCUCACUGCAAGUCAGAUGGUGUCUUGACCGCUAACUCCUUCACCGUUGUUCUUGGCUCCAACACCCUGUUCUUCGGCGGUACUCGUAUCAACACCAACGAUGUCGUCAUGCACCCCAACUGGAACCCCAAUACUGCUGCUAAUGACAUCGCUGUCUUGCGCAUCAGCUCCGUCAGCUUCAGCAACGUGAUCCAGCCCAUCGCUCUUCCCAGUGGAGACGAACUCAACAACCUCUUCGUCGGCGCCAACGCUCUUGCCUCCGGAUUUGGCCGCACCAGCGACAGUGGCAGCAUCGGUACCAACCAACAGCUGAGCUCUGUGACCAUCCCCGUGAUCACCAACGCUCAAUGCGCUGCCGUAUACGGCUCAGGGUUCGUGCACGCUUCCAACAUCUGCACCAGCGGCGCCGGCGGCAAGGGUACUUGCAACGGUGACUCCGGUGGCCCUCUCGCUGUUGACAGCAACAACAGGAAGAUCUUGAUCGGUGUUACCUCAUACGGUGCUCAAGCUGGUUGCGCCGCUGGUUUCCCUGCUGCCUUCGCCAGGGUCACCUCCUUCGUCAGCUGGGUCCAGUCCCAAUAAUCUCCUCCCCUCUCAAACUUAUAAUGCGUUAAUUACAUUUAUUAUACUUCAA